AUGCAGGCACGUGCUCGCUCCGGUGGCACCCGCCCGCUUCCGACGGCCACGUCGGCUGCGUCAGAGACAGACUCCAUCCGUACCGGAGGCUCCUCCGACUCCAACUCGCCAUCACAUGGGCUGCGCCGGGCGAACCUGCCGGCUCCGCUCGCGCCGGAUGUACUCUCCAGCUCCCUCCCUGCUUCCCAGCGGCUCGACGGUGCCUCGUCGUGCCCUGUGAACCGCGCCGGCAGACUUGCAGCGGACGCUUUGCGUAUGCCGACCAUUUCCCCCACCGCAUCACCGCUAACCGUGCAGGGCCGCAGCCCGCCGCCUCACCAGAGGGAGGCGUAUCAGCGGCGGGUCCAUCCUGGAAGCGGCGGCAGAGGUGGCGGUGCGAUGUCGCUGCCACUCCCAAGCACCCCGACCCAGGCAAGCCCCACCCCUGUGGACGAAAGCGUUGAUGGCAACUGCCGUCGUAGACACCACAACACUCGAAGCAGCACGAACAGCGGCAGCAGCAGCAGCAGCAGCAGCCGUCAUGAGAAAAGCAGCAACGCAUUGGCCCUCCGCACCAAUGAGCCGGCGCCGUCUAUGCCCUCCAUGUCGAGUCGACUGCCGGCGAUGACGCAGCCAAACAAGCUGUCGACCUCCGCAACAGCCAGCUCCAACGUGUCGACCACCAAUCCUCCGGCUCAGCAGCAGCCGGCCUCCACAGCAACCAUGCCCACGGUGCCGACAUCAUCAUCCCGGCUGGCGUCGCAACCAGACGUAUCCCUUCUCACGGUCAGCUCGCCAGCGCGCAGGUGCUGCCUGGUGGCGGAUAACAGUGACCGCAGUAUCGAGACCACGCCCGUGUCAACAGUGCAGAUACCCUUGCCCCCUCGGUCUCUGCCGCAGGCGCCUGCACCAGCGCCGCGUCCAUUGUCCACGGUGAGUGCGACGUCCGCGAAAAACAGCGGCACUCGCGGCACGGCCCACCAGCGCGAAGCAGAGGCUCGCACCACUGCUGGAGACAGCAGCAGCAGCAGCAGCAGCAAGGAGGCGUAUCUGCGCGAUAAUCCGCGGGUGAGGGCACUCGUGAACAGUAUGUACCAGCACGUUAUGAUCACACAGCCCGAGGAACCACUUCGGUACCUCGCACAGCUCCGUGCCGGCACAGUGCCGCAGCCACGGCAGCUUUCGAGCAGAGCACACGGCAGCACCCAUCCACCAUGCUCACACGCAGCGGAGGGGACUAGCACCUCGAGCGCGUCAGCUUCGUCAGAGCUGCGUCGAGACAGCAGUAGCACGUGCGAUAACGAUGGCGGCCACACAUGGGCAGGGCCACCGCAGCCAACGCCCCAGCAACCCGAGAGUGCCCCCUCUCACGGAGGUGACGUUGACCUCGCUGGCAGCUUUGAAAGCGGCGCUGUCAGCAGCGGUGUCACCAACCGACCAGCCUCGCUGACAUCGCGUAGUGAUGCAGCUGCUGUCGUCCGCCUUCUUCGCACUCCGCCAUCAGCACCGACGACGUCGCCGCAACCGCGCGGUGGAAGCAGUGGCGUGAAUGCUGGCGGUCGUGUAAUGCCGCCCUCGAUCGCCGGCACUGUGAUACACACAAAUGCGAGCAGCAACGCCACCCUCAGCGGUAGCGCGUCGAGCAAGCACGGGUCCCCGCAACUCCUGCAGCGUUCCGGGCUCGCAACGAACAGCCUAGCGAACAGUGGCGUUCUCUCUGGUUUCACCGUCGGCAGCGCUGGCCAUCAGUCUGGGAGCAGCGCCCCGCUGCUCCAGCACGCCAGUGGUAGUAUCAGCGUCUUCCGCUCCAGCGGCGUCUCGGCACCGCACUUGGUGUCCUCUUUCGCUGGCAGCAUCUCGGGCAUCGAUCGCGGCGAGGCCACCCCGAGCGACCUCAGCUCCCUGUUCAGCACGAACUCGGUGGAUCUGCAGGAGUUCAUUGCGGAAUUUCGCCUCGCCAAGGAGGAGCGCUACGGCGGCAGCGUCGACCAUCCCGCCAUCACACUGGACGAGCUCGCCUGCAUCAUUGAGUGUAACAGCUUCCCUUGCGCCGACGCGGAGGUGCUGCUGGACUUGUUUGAUGAGCUGCAGCCAUGCGCCCGGUACCUCGCGGGUGUGCAGAACCCCACUCGCUCCCCGCCAACGGUGCCAGGCACUCUGAAGCGGAACAACUCACCCCUGUUGCUGCAUAGAGGCCUGGGCCGCAGAAGUAUGAGCCCCAUCUCCCACUUCAACGGAACCGUGACUGCCACAGCUGCGGCGGAAAGCGCAGCCACUGGCAAAGUGCGCGGAGUCGGCCCCACGAACAGCUCUGCCGCUGCGGUAGUGUGCAACAACGGCAAUGCGACCGGGCCAGCGUGGCCUCCAGGGCGGGUGCAAGGCGCCGAGUCGUGUGUGACCGCUGCACACCCACCCGCCAGCAUCGCUGCGAAAGACAUGGGUCACAACCACGAGCGCUUCGCUGACGAGGCGCAGUACAAGGGUUGCGUUACGAUCAGUGGACGCGCAGACUCCAAGGAUGGCAAGGUCCUGGUGAUCGGCAGUCGUAUUGCAGACGGGGCCCCGUACGAGUCGUCCAGCGAAGGUGGCAGCUAUAACCCCUACAGCCGCUGCACCUCUGAAGCCUUCACCGGUGCCUCAACUCUCCCGCGACAGCAGGGUAUGUCGCAGCACUCCUACUCAGACAGCGAGGAGGUGCCGACGGUCCCCUUCGACACCCUUCUUGCCCGCAUGGCCUACAAGAUCCAGGGUCGGUAUGCGUCCGAGGCGAUUCGCAUCGCCUUCUACGGUAUGGUGGUGGAUGAAGAGUCGGCAGCGGCUGCCUUGGAGAGCAGUGGGCGCAGUGCCGGACUUGGUGUCGACGGCGCAGCGCUUGUGGCCAACGGACGAGGUUUGCACGGAGUCGUCUCAACAGACUCUCUCACGCCAUCGGAGACGACCGCGAUGGGCAGCAGCAGUGCCGGAAUGGCGACGACGGGCUACGGCACUCUGCCAAGCUGCACCGUCCCUCUCUCACGCUGCAUCGCGGAAGGGCUGUUUGCGCGACUAGGCAUGGUCGACGUUACGGCAGGCGAGGUGCAGCGUGGCCUCCGAAGUGUCGGGCUUCCAACAGGCCAGGACGAACAGCGUGUGUACGAGUGCCACCUGGAGGACUUCGCGCGACUGGUCCGCGCCAUCACGGCCGUCUCCGAGCGUGGGUGCAGUGCGAGCCCGGUGAACCCCAGUCUCACGAGUCUGCGCGAGAGUUACUUGCAGCGCGGCAGCAGCAGCAACUUCACGGUAUGCAACAACAGCACCGGCGGCACCGUUCCCGCCGCACCAGCUCCAUGGAAGGAGUAG